AGAGAGAGAGGAGCAGACGCACAGCUCAGACUCAUUUAAGAAGGUGGAGGGAGCGCACCAAGUACUCAGUAGUGGAUCAGUUUAACCACGAAAACUAAACUUAACAGAAGCAUCAACUAAAGAACAAAGGAUAUUCUCACUUUGGAAAGAAGUAAAGGAGCCAGCCCCAUCAGAACAGCAGUCUGUGGUCAUCUGGAAUCUUGCAAAAUGAGCCUGAGCACCAGCGAACUGGAGGAUCUGUGGGAUUCCCUGACCUCCAGUGACUUCAACAUCUCAGAGCACCUGGGUAACAUCUCCAGUGUGGACACGAUGAUGUGUGCCACAGCCUUCAACCGCAGCGCCCUCCUCACCUCCAUGUGCGUGCUCUACUCCUUCAUCUUCAUCAUUGGUCUGGCUGCCAAUGCUUUAGUGCUUUGGGUGAACAUCCGUGCCCAGCGUGACUCCACCCCUCGCCACGAGACGCACAUGUACAUCGCUCACUUAGCUGUCGCCGAUCUGUGCGUAUGUGCCACUCUGCCCAUUUGGGUCAGCUCCCUGGCGCAGCAUGGUCAUUGGCCCUUUGGGGAGAUGGCCUGCAAGCUAACACACCUGCUGUUUUCAGUCAACCUCUUUGGCAGUAUAUUCUUCCUGGCGUGCAUGAGUGUUGACCGCUACUUCAGUCUCACCAAGUGCGAUGACAGCGACAGAGGAGCGAGAAGGAAGCUGGUUCGCCGCGCUGCGUGUGUGGGGGUGUGGCUGUUAGCAUUUAUUGCGAGUUUGCCUGAGACCUACUUCCUGCACACGGUCAAGUCUUCACACGGAGAUUUGACACUGUGUCGGCCGGUCUACCCAGGAGAGAACCCCAGAGACUGGAUGGUUGGAAUUCAGUUCAGCUUCAUCCUGCUUGGCUUUGUUCUCCCAUUCCCGAUCAUCGCUGUAUUUUACACUCUCUUAGCGCGCACAUUCAGACACUCGUCUUCAACAGCAGCUUCUACCAGUGUGGAGCAGGAACGCCGCAUCAGCCGAAGAGUGAUCCUAGCUUACAUCAUCGUCUUCCUCGGAUGCUGGGGCCCCUACCAUAGCGUUCUAUUUGCAGACGCUCUAGCCCAACUCGGCCUGCUGCCCCUCACCUGCGGUUUAGACAAUGUCAUCUAUGUGGCGCUACAUCUCACCCAGUGCCUGUCCCUGCUCCACUGCUGUUUCAACCCCAUCCUCUACAACUUCAUCAACAGGAACUACCGCUACGACCUCAUGAAGGCGUUCAUCUUUAAAUACUCCACACGGACAGGGUUGGCGAGGCUGAUCGAGACAUCAAAUGUGUCCGACACGGAGUACUCUGCGGUGGCUGUGGACAAUCCACCUCAAAUCUAAAUGGACUAAA